AAUAGGAAAAGGAAGUGGUAGAAGAGAUAUUAAACAAACAGAAAAUUGAAAUGACCACGAGCACACUGCAAGGUACUCUCUCAAAAGUAGAUUCAAGUCUGCAAUACCAAGUUGUCAAAAUAAAAUACAGAUAUGCACAUGGCCAGAAAUCUUGCAGUUGCAGAAGCAAGCGUAGUGCAGAGAAGGAAAACAAAAAUAAGAAAUAGAGCAGAGGAGCAGUCUAAUGAGCUGGAAAAUAGUGGUAUGGCUGUUGAGUUUCCAGUGAAUAGUGACCUCUGUGACACUGGUCAAGAAGAUAGCUUGUCAACUCUAAGCCUGUUGGGUGAACUUCAUGGAUGGGGAAAUGAUGAUGCUCUAUGUAAAGUUCAAUAUGCAGAACAAGAACAUGGGUUUUCUGUUGCAGAAAAAAUUGAGGGUUCUAAAUUAUACCAAGGUAAGGAAUAUAUAGCGGCGUCUCCAUCAGAUUUGACACAAAAACAGGAAUAUUCAUUCAACUCAUGUAAUGAUAACCAGAAUACCUUGCCCCCACCUGUGGCUGAUGUUUCUAUUGGCAGGCUUUGUGCUAAGCUUUCAGAGAAAAUAUAUGGAGUUGUGAAGAGAGUUUGUAUAAGAAAGGUGAAACCCUCCAGGCAAGGUGUAAGGCCUGAAUCUGCAAAAGAGAGCGAAGGUUUUGAAAAAAGGCUGAAUCAAGAAGUAGAUGGUUUUUCUGUUUCCAAUAAAAGCAAAAGUGAUGGAAAAAUUUCAUCAUCCAAUGUGGAUAUGACAAAUCAUGUUUGCCUUGCUGUUGACAGAAAACAGGAUAACCUUUUGAGAUUUUCACUUUCACAUUCUGCUGUUGAAAGAGCAUUCAUUGGCUCGAGGAGAAAGCUUCUUGUUUUGGAUGUAAAUGGCCUACUUGCUGAUAUAGUUUCACCUGCUCCUAAGGACUAUAAAGCGGACAUAAAAAUCGCAAAACGGGCAAUUUUUAAGAGACCUUACUGUUCUGAAUUCCUGAAUUUCUGCUUUGAGGGAUUUGAUGUGGGCAUCUGGUCAUCAAGAUCUAAGAAAAUUUUGGAAAGAGUGAUUGAUUACUUGAUGGGAGAUAUGAAAGACAAGCUAUUAUUUUGUUGGGAUCUGUCCCACUGCACUGAAACGGGAUAUAAAACUCUUGAGAGUAAGCAUAAGGCCUUGAUUUUUAAGGAGCUGAAGAAAAUAUGGGAGAAACAUGACCCAAGUCUUCCAUGGGAGAAGGGAGAUUAUAAUGAAUCAAACACAUUGUUGUUGGAUGAUUCUCCAUACAAGGCCUUGCUUAAUCCUCCCCACACUGCACUCUUCCCUUAUGCAUACAGGUUCCAGGACGGGAAUGAUAAUUCUUUAGGAUAAAAAGAUUGGCGACACAAGUGAGACCACUCAGCAGAGUCAAUAAAGUUGAAUAACCUCUGUAGUCUGUGCUGCUUUGUUUCAUCUGAUUACAAGUAGCAGUUGCUACAUUGAGGCAAGGAGGGCUAUUGGCACCAUUUUUAACCAGGGCAGAAGAAAACCCAAGCCCAUGUUUUCAAUGAAACACUAGAACUAUCCCUCCUUCCACAGUAUUGCAAAUUAUUUGACCAUGCAUUGGGAUGAUCAUUCUCAUGGUCAUAUUAGGUUGCUGAUGUACUGCUAAUACAAUAGUCGAGAUAAAAUUGCCAUGGCAGGUUCUGGAGGUGAUCUGCGAGUUUAUCUGGAACAGUUAGCUGCAGCUGAAAAUGUACAGAAGUAUGUGGAGCAACACCCAUACGGUCAAAAUGCUAUAAAUGAAAAAACUUCCUCGUGGGGAUUCUAUCUUGAGGUUAUUAACAAUGGAAAUUCCUUGCCAACGACAUGAUAAUCUGUUCUUAUUUUUAAAAAAAAUCUUUUUCCCUUCCUUUUUAAAUCCAUAUGGCUGGAAUUACAAAUUAUGCCUUUUGAGUCUAGGAGAGUAGGGGGCAUAGAUUGUGAACUUUUCUGAAAGGAAAAUGAUAAAUUUGGCAGAGAAGACUCGCAUUUGUGGGCUA